AUGACUUCGGCAGCAGAGACAACCCCGUUACUCCCCCAAUACCAACAGCAGCCAGCAUCCUCCAAUACGUCACAGCAACGAGGAAGCCGUCCGCCGCGGACAGUGACAUUCAACCCACUGGCCACGGUCAGUACAUACCAUGAUGCUACUGCCGCCGUGGAUCCCACUUUUAAGCCAUUGAGUUCGGGUGCUUCUUCUGUUCCCAACGCUCCGUCCAAUCAAUCGAGACCGACCGGCCUUUCUGCCCUGAACAGCAAGCUCCGUCGCCGCAAUAGCCAUGGAGCUCCCUACAGCACGGCUGUGCCUUCGAUGCCACCAGCACCCAAGGUCGGACCACAGCGAACGACAAAGAAUGCGCAGAAACUAAAACUGCUGCCGGAUCCUGUGACAGCUGCCGAUGAGGACAUUGCGGACGACGAGUUCCCGCGAGAUGUGUAUUCGCAGAUCACGCGAAUCAAAGAACCGACUGCCCGAAGUCACGCUGCCAGAUUGGGGAAAGCAGACAGAGAUCGACUUCCACGAGUAACAGCAUACUGUACAGCCAACUCGUACAGACUCGAAGGCGUUAUCAGGUUUCUUAAAGCACGGUCAAAGACCCGCGGGGCUAACCCGAAGCUGUACGACGAAUGCGUCUACUCUCCCUACGAUUACUUAUAUGAGGAUAAACAAAGAGCGCCGAGGAAUUUGUCUGACAAUGCGCUGGGGCUCCACCCUAUCCCGUCGAGUCCCGAUCGGCCCUCCGGCGAGCGCAGGUAUUCAGACAGUGCGGUCGAAGUUGAAGAUAAUGCGAAAUCACGCAGAGAAGACCUCAUUGACCUGCGAGAUUCGCAAGAACAAUCACACCAUGACGCACAUACGGAGAGCGCAGUACAGCGGACAGACGAGACGCCAGACUUUGAUACUACCAUCCACACCCCGGAGGUCUUCCUUUUUGAUUACGGGACAGUUGUCAUAUGGGGCAUGUCACCCGCGCAAGAAUCACGAUUCCUAUCCGACGUUUCGAAAUUCGCAAACUCAAUUCUGAGCCCCGAAGAUACGCAGGUUGAGAAUUUCAACUUCUACUAUGCUCGCGAGUACCAGGCACGGAUAUACAAUGACUUUAUCUCGCUCCGUGAUCCUCGAAACCAUAUGAUCAAACUUGCCAUCUCACAUGCCUUGUCCCAAUCCGUCAAAACAUCCCUCUUCGAGGACCUCGUCUCGGAAACCAUCUCGAAUACUGCACCACUCCCGGCUCAAAUCGCCCAAACCGGCAGUGUCAACAUGACGCGGCGACAAAUCAACAUGCAGAUUGGAGAACUGUUCAUCUUACGAAUAAACAUUCAUUUACAAGGCUCCGUCCUCGACAGUCCGGAACUGAUGUGGGCAGAGCCGCAGCUGGAGCCGGUCUACCAGGCUGUCCGAAGCUAUCUCGAGAUGGACCAAAGAGUCAGUCUUCUCACGGAGCGACUGGACGUCAUUGCGGAUCUUCUGGCCGUCCUGAAGGAUCAGUUGACUCACCGCCACGGUGAGUAUCUUGAAUGGAUCGUCAUCAUCUUGAUCGCGGCGGAAAUCCUAGUCGCAGCCAUUAACAUCGUGGUCGACUUGUACGCAGGAGUUGAUUAG